AUGUCUAACUCCCGGUGUUCGGCCGAACCGUUGACAGAGUCGACGAACAAAGAGAUCGCACGUCGUCAGAUUCCACUGCCGGGAUGGCUGGAUCAUUUCAAUGCGCGCGACCUUAAGGUGCUCUUCCGCUGCUGGGUCGCCGCAUGGAUCGCGUCGCUGUUAAUUUUCAUCGGCCCUGCAUUGCAUAGGAUCAGAAUCGCCACCUUUUUCGCCGCUCUGGUGCUGUACAUCGUUCCCCCGGGCGGCAUCCUGUCCGUGUACUUGCUGGCCUCGCUAUCCCUCCUCUUCGGCAUGUGCCUCGCCUGGGCAUGGGGCCUCUUAACCAUGAAAGCUGCUCUUGCGGCGCGACCGGAUUCGCAAACACAGGCUCGUCUGCAAGCACUGCAGCAGCAGGUUGCCGCGGACGCUGAACAAUCCGGCCUGCCGGCAUCACUAUUGACCCAGAAGGCUGUGUACGACGGGUUCAUGCUGGAUGCGCGAGUGACCGUAGUCUUCUACGUCAUGAUAUGUCUCUUCGUGUACACCGUCUCACGACUCCGCGUCGCCAACCAGAAAUUUGCGCUGGCCCAGAUAUUCGGCAUCAUUAUUGCCGACCUAUUCCUACUGUUUGGGCCCGUCCUGCCAUCAUUCUCGGCGCUUCUACCCAGGGUCCUGGUUGAGCCAGGCGCCAUUGGCAUUGGUUUAGGUGUCGCAUGCAAUGUUGUCUUCUUCGCGCAGUCAGCAUCUAGCACCGUCCUUACAAAGGCGGAACAACUCGUGAGUAUGGUCGACAAGCCACUGCAAUGCACGCGGUCGCGUUUCUCGGGGAAAGCGGUCGACCUCGGCGAGCUCGAGGCAUCCAAGGCAAGGACUAUAGCACUCCUCAAAACCACAGAACCGGCUCUUGCCUUUCUUCCGCUAGAUGUCUCCUGGGGCCGAUGGAGUCCCGAGGAUGUUAAGUCUCUAUACCAGCCCUUGCGGCGGGCCAUGGUUGCGGGCCUCUCGCUGCUAGAUUUUCACAUAUCGCAUGUCCGAACCGACAAACAGCUAGAACAGGUGCCCCGAUCCCCAGUCGAAGGUCCUAACAUCGAUCCCGGGGAAAAGCCACCCCAGGUCGGUCGCCAUCAACUGCAAGAAAGCGCCGAUUUCCUGCAAGCACUGCGGAGUCCAGAGGAGGCAGAGAUGCGCGCACAUACUCGCAACGCCUUACAGGCCUCGACAGCCGAGUUGUUGCAUCUUUCCUCGGAGUCGCUCAUCUGGGUGGCAGAGAUGAUCCACACCGUGAACUCGGAACAUUGGGUUCGUCGGACGUCUUCAGAGCGAAUCACUCACCUGCUCACUCGGGGCCAGAGUCUUCGUAGUAGCCUUGAAUCUGCACGAGAAAAUUCCCGGACAAAAACCACAGCGCGCCUACUGGAAAGCCAUGCAGAGAUGUUUGACGCCACCGGUCAGCUCAAGAGUCGUGAUCAAAUGGGCCCUCACUCGCUUCGAGGUCUUGUUCUCGGGAUGGUCGUCGAAGAACGCAUCCUCGGUGCCGCAAAAGCCAUCGAGGAGUUGCUGACGCAAGCCACGCACCUGCUGCAAGAUCGGAGCAAGCUCCGACUCUGGCUGCCGUCACGCCUGCGAUAUGCUUUGUCUUGGCUGGUCAAUCGGCGUCACCCAGCCCCAGCACCCGAUCUACCGGCCGACGGAGGGAGCGAUCCGGACCUCGUGGCGGAGCAGACGAAGGAAGCACAUCGCCGACUGCGUGUUAACCGUGGCCAUGGACGACUAGUCCGACACAACUUUCUCACGCGGGCCAUCGUCACCAUCUAUCAGUGGCUGACCAAUUCCGGCGGGUUGUACGCCCUGCGCAUGGUGGUGGUGACUAUCGCGACUGCAAUCCCCGGGUCCCUUCCGCACACGGCGGGCUUCUAUUACCGCGAAAAGGGCAUCUGGUGUCUCAUCACGGCGCAGACCACGCUGCUGGUCUAUAUGGCCGACUUCACCGUCUGCCUGGUCGGCCGCACGGCGGGCACCGUCGUCGGCGGCGUCAUGGGCAUGGCAGCCUGGUAUAUCGGGUCGGGCAACGGGCCGGGCAACGCGUACCGAUUGGCUGCCAGCACAGCGGCCAUGACGCUGGUUCUCAUGUGGUGGCGUCUCUUCCUGCCGCCGGUGUUCACAAUGGGAGCCAUCAUGAGCGGCGCGACGUUCAUGCUCGUCCUCGGUUUCAGCUACGACGACACGCACAUGCCGCAAUACGGGCUUCCUGGGCACGGAUAUACAGCCUUCUACAAGCGACUUGUGACAGUGCUGCUGGGAUUCGUGGCAGCGUUUGUCGUCCAAAUCUUCCCUCGUCCGCCGUCAGCAACCCGACACACAUGCCAGACGCUGUCUAACACAGUACGCACCUUGUCAGAUCAUUACGCUCUUCUCCUGUCGCACUGGGGACGUGCACGCCCGGAGGGUAGCGGGGACGAAACCAGUCCUGUCGGCGUCGUCGCCGAGAAGAUCUCGUUGGACGUUGCCGAAACCCUUCUCUCGGCGCAGCAGAGCAUCGCCCUGCUCAGAUUUGAAAUGACACUGGGUCCAUUCGACUCACAGACCCUUUCCCAAGCGGCUCGCCUAUGUCAGGACAUUAACCAAGCCUUAGGGCGACUAUUGUUACUUUCAGACACCCUCCCUGGCCACCUUCAAAGUCGAUUGUCCCACACCGUCGGGAUCCUCGAUGACCGUCAUAUCGGUGACAUCAUGGGCGUCCUCAGUAUCAUUGAGCAGGCGUUGCGACUGGGGCUUGCUCUCCCAGAACGACUCCCCACGCCGUUGAUCAAACGCUGCUAUGAGUCAUGGCACGAAGAGCACCGAGAAGCGCAUUUAAGUACCAAGCUUGUCCAAGACGAGAACUAUCGCCGGUACUGUGUUGGGAUAAGCGCUUAUCUCAAGUUCUUGGCCGCUAUAGAUGAAAUGGUCCUGGUGUUGAAGGGAGCAUUGGGCGAGUCGCAUCUCGUUAGACAAUGGGAUGGAGAUGAACUGGUUUAG